AUGGCCGACUUGUUCUGGCGGUCAACGAAAAAGCCAGGCAAGUCGGCAGGUUCGCAACCUGCUCCCGAAAGUUCCAAGUUCAAAAAGUACCAAAACGAGACGGCCGACGCUUGGGAUGCAGCAGACGACGAGCUCGUCAAAGGAUUUGGGGUUGAUCCUGAUGCCUCGCGUUCUGCUGCCCUUGCUGUUCUAGCUCGUUACAGUAAAUCGCCAAAAUCACCGCCUCCCGCCCCUCAAGAAUCAACCAGCAAAUCUUCUAGCAAUAAUAUUCCAAAGCAGAAAUUGAAUAUUCCGCCUAAAGAAAACGCUGCAACAAACAGUAAUACAGAAGAAUCCAAAACGAAGCCGAAAUCCCCAAUAAUCGUCUCGCCAGGACCGCCAAAUAAAUCAUUCACAGGACUGCCUCCGCUCACUGAUGCCCAAAUUGCCAGAUCGGAAAAAUUUUCAAGUGCAAUAAACAGAGACCUGACAGAUCUCGCCGAUCUACGGGAAUUAGCAUGGAGAGGCUGUCCCCCUUGUUACAGGCCCAUUUGCUGGCGGCUGAUUACUGGACUUCUUCCCACGGCAAGGGAGCGGCGAUUAGCGACGCUAGAAAAGAAAAGAAAUGAAUAUUGGAAGCUUGUUGAUCGUUACUUCAAACUUUCAAAAGAACCGUCUCACAAGGACACGUACCACCAGAUAACAAUCGACAUCCCCAGAACCAAUCCGUCGGUUCCGCUCUUUCAGCAAAAGCUAAUCCAGGAAUUAAUGGAACGCAUUUUAUUUAUUUGGGCGAUUCGACAUCCGGCGUCGGGCUAUGUCCAAGGAAUGAACGACCUCGUCACCCCCUUUCUUCACGUUUUCCUUUCCGAGCAUCUAAGAGCCGGUGAAAAGUUCGAAACGACCAACAUGGACCUCAUUCCUCAAGAAGCGCUAAGAGAGGUUGAAGCAGAUUGUUUCUGGUGCCUUGGAUGGCUCUUAGACGGGAUCCAAGACAACUACACAUUCGCUCAGCCAGGCAUUCAGCGCCAAGUUUCCCAGCUAGAAGAUCUGAUAGAGCGAAUUCAGCCUGAUCUCUUCCAGCACUUGCAAGAAAACUCCGUUCAAUUCCUUCAGUUCGCCUUCCGGUGGUUUAAUAAUUUAUUGAUGCGCGAGCUGCCUCUAUCUGCGAUUGUACGCUUAUGGGACUCGUACUUUUCUGAAGCAGGGGCUGAUGAAAGGUCGAGCUUGCACUUGUUCGUCUGCGCGGCUUUUCUCAUUCACUGGAAACGGCUGUUGCUUGAUCAAUGUGAUUUCCAAGGUUUGAUGAUGACAGUUCAAGGACUCCCCACGAACGGCUGGGGCGAAUCUGAAAUUUCCGAAAUUCUAGCUAAAGCUUUCAUGCUGCGAUCGACUUACACCCUCAAGCAACUUUCGUAA